AUGAGAAAAGAGGACCAAGAGAAAAUGAGAAAUUGGGCUGUUGACAAUAAGAAAGUUGUUAGACAAAGAUCAAUCCGACAAGAAAACACAAAUUGUAAGGCAGGUACAUUGCCACUGAAUCUGUACGAGAAGGAGAUACCAAUUAGUGAAAAAUUGCAUAGAGAGAGAGACGUGAUUUGUCAGAUGGGACCGAUAGCUAGUGCCCUCAACAAUAAAAUAGGUUGUCGUCUUGUUGUAUUUAUUGGUGGCUUGGUCGCAUCUAUUGGAUUAAUCCUCAGCUUCCUGGCAACAACAACUAUUCAUCUGUAUUUGACAUAUGGAAUUAUUUCAGGCAUAGGAUAUGGAUUGGCUCUGACACCGACCAUGGCGAUUACCGCAAGCUAUUUCAAGAGAUAUUAUGCCCUUGCUAAUGGGAUUGUAUUUACUGGAGUAGGAAUAGGAUGGAUUGCGUUACCACCACUUUAUCAAACAGGAAUACAAGUAUUUGGAUGGAGAGGAUCCAUACUGAUUUUGGCUGCAGUGACGUUAAAUAUUUGUGUUUGUGCAUGUGUGCUUCGCCCGCCUCCAAUGAGAAUAGUCUCUGUAUCAAAGAACAGUCUGAUGGACAGUGACAGUGAUGUUCAGCUUCACACGACCGAUCCCUUACUGGAACAUGCAAGAAAUACCGAAAAAAUCCAACAUAAAAUAAAUGAUACGUCAAUCAAAAACAGCAACAGAUGUUGCCAAUUUAUGACUGGCAUAUUUAAUCCUAAGCUUUUUCGUGAUCCACUGUUCUUUCUACAAAUGAUGGUCUUUUUCCUCAUAGGAGUCGGAUUUUAUCCAACCAUUCUGCUUUCAGUGCCACGUGCAGUUUCCUAUGGAAUACCUUAUCCAUGGCCAACUGUUGUGAUGACUGCAUGGGGAGUGACAAGUGUAAUAGGAAGAGCCACUCAUGGUGUGAUCAUAGAUUGUAAAAUUCUUACAGCAUGGCAAGCAGCGGGUCUGAUGCUUAUCGUUUGUGGACUAGUUAAUAUUUUCAGCUUUCCAGCAACAACUUUUUUAAGCUUAGUAUUUUUGUACAGCAUCUUUGGUUUUGCUAAUGGUGUAUGGCACCCCCUUACUGUGGCCACAGUCAAAGAGUUUGUUGGCAUACUGAAGUUUCAAAAAGCAUUGGGAUUUUGUAAUAUGUGUCUCGGUAUCUCCGCUUUGAUUGGACCACCUGUUGCUGGAUCCAUAUACGAUAUUACUGGUAACUAUUACAACUCGUUUCUAUUUGCUGGCUGCUCAUUGUGCGCUGCUGGUGUUUUGGAACUUGUCGGUCCUAUAUAUCUUCAGAGAUUCCAUGGGCUCAUCCCUGAUUGCAAACAACAUAUGGUAGAAACAACAACACAAACAUCUGACAAAUAUGCAACUGACAUAGCGAUAGGACCAGGAAAUAGAAGAAUUUGA